CCGCUGCCGAGAGCCUCACCCUGGCUCAGUCACCGCCACCACCGCAGGGAACAUGGAGCCCCCAGACGCCCGCGCAGGGCUGCUGUGGCUCGCCCUCCUCCUGGCGGGCCACUCAGGCACCCAGGCUGAGGUGCAUGUGUCUGUACCUCCGCUGGUGGACGUGUCGCAAGGACAUCAGAUCACCCUGAACUGCACACUACGGGAGCACCCCAAACGUUACGUGUUGGAAUGGUUCCUUGUUGAUGCUUCUGGGUCCCGACACCUCCUAGCUUCUGGGGAGCCACAGGGCUCAGAGCUCCGGUCCACAAUCCACAACUCUCGGGGCCGCAAUCCCACAUACACUCUGGAUUCCCACGGGGGACUGGUGAUAAAUGAUAUCCAAGUGGGUGAUGAGCGGGACUACGUGUGUGUGGUGAAGGCUGGGCCAAUGGGAACCUCAGAGGCCACGUCAAGAGUCCGUGUGUUUGCAACCCCCGAGCCUACGGAGGUGAUUCCCAACAAAGGAACCCUGUCUGUGUUGGACGAGUUUGCCCAGGAGAUUGCCACCUGCAGCAGCCACAACGGAAAGCCGGUGCCUAACAUCACAUGGUAUCGGAACGGGCAGCAACUGAAUGUGCCCAUGGAAUUGAACACAAAUGGUUACAUGACCAGCCGCACCGUCCGGGAGGCCUCAGGCCUGUAUUCCCUGACCAGCACCCUCUACCUGAAGCUCCACAAGGAGGACCGGGAUGCCAGGUUCCACUGUGCUGCUCAGUACAAGUUGCCCACAGGCCAGGAAGGCCACCUGGACAGCCCUGCCUUCCAGCUCACGCUGCACUAUCCCACUGAGCAUGUGGAAUUCUGGGUGGGAAGUCCAUCCACCACGGAAGGAUGGGUGCGUGAGGGUGACGCUGUCCAGCUGCUCUGCCAGGGUGAUGGCAGCCCCAGCCCGGAGUACUCCUUUUUCCGCCUGCAGAACAACCAGGAGGAACAGCUAAAAAUCAACCUCAAGGGGAACUUGACCCUGGAGGGGGUGCGUCGGAACCAGAGUGGAACCUAUGGAUGCAGAGUGGAGGACUACGAUGCCGACGAGGAUGCACAACUCGUCAAGAUCCUAGAACUGCACGUGGCCUACCUGGAUCCCUUGGAGCUGAGCGUACCUGAGGAACUCUUCGUCUUCCUGAACAGCAGUGGCACCGUGGUGGACUGCUCUGCCAGAGGUCUGCCUGCUCCUACUGUGCGCUGGACCAAGGAUUCGAUGACCCUCGCAUAUGGUCCCACGCUGGCUCUCGACUCUGUUACCUUUGACUCUGCUGGCACCUACACAUGUGAGGCCUCUACACCCACUGUCCCCCUCCUGAGCCGGACACAGAGUUUCCAGCUGGUGGUUCAAGGAGCCCCAGAGUUAAAACCAAAUGAGAUAAAAGCCCAUAUCGGGAACAGCUGGAUGGAAGGAGACGAAGUCACGCUGGUCUGCUCCGAAGGCUACCCAGAACCCAAACUCACCUGGAGCAAGCCAGGCGUUACUCCAGCAGAGCCUCCCUUUGAGGGCAAAGGCUGGAUGAGCAGCUCGCUGAUGGUGAAAGUGACCAGCGCCCUGAGCCGAGAGGGCGUGUCCUGUGAGGCAUAAAUCCAUGGCAAGAGAAGCCAUGUCUUCCAUUUGGGCUCUGUGGCCCCUCAGACUGCCCAGGCUGGAGUGGCUGUCAUGGCUGUAGCCGUCAGCGUAGGCCUCCUGCUGCUUGUGGUUGGCUUUUACUGCAUGAGACGCAAGGGCGCCCCAACUGCUGCCGGCGGAGCGGAGAAGGGGGCUCCGUAAGCCAGCCAGGGACCAGAGCUGAGCCACUCUGGCUCAGAUCGUCCAGAGCAGACAGGCCUUCUUAUGGGUGGGCCCUCCGGAGGAGGCAGAGGUGGCGGCGGGGGAUUCGGAGAUGAGGUGAGUGAUGACCUGGGUGUCCAUUGAGGAAGCAACUGAGCACAGGGCCAGUCUUAAGGGCUCAGGCUGAGCUACGGGUUCUGUCACCAGUGCUGAGCCUGGAGGACCUCCCAGAGGCUGGUCUCUGGAUCUGGAACUUUGGGCAUCAUCUGAGGACCGGCUCUGCGCACACGCCUCCACCUCCUUCCUCCUUCAGUCUCUCGGCCCCUCCCUUCCUUCCUCUGCCUGCUUGGGCAGGGACCCACAGUGGCCAGCGCCUCAGGGAAGGAAAAAGGGAGGGUGGGGGAGGGUUGAGAGGGGCCUUCCUCCAGGAAUGGAACUCUCCCAGGCCAGAAUAGCUCCUGGAGCCAAAGCCCAGGGACCGGGCCUGGGACAAGGCGCUGAGGGUCGGCAGGCCGGGCUAGUUUUACCUCCUGUCUCCCUUGCUGGGCACUUGCCCCCCACCUGAUACCCUGCUGUGUAGUCUGACAACUGGAGUCCCCAACCCUACCCCAUUCCUGCCCCUCGCCCAGCCCAUCAUCUGUGGACACUGGAUUCUUAAAUAAAUGCUGCCUGUCACGUGGA